AUGUCGGCGCCACCGAAGCGCCGCAACUACACCGACGAAGAAGAAGAUCUCAUGCUCCUUCGCCAGGUCUCCGCCGACAUGCCGUUUCUCGCACGACGCGGCCUCAUCAUGGACAAGUGGGCAGCCGUCGCGGAAAAGUUGGCGGCCACCGACGACUUUGGCCGCCCCGACUUUGACGCAAAGAAGGCGAACAAUCGAUUCAACGCUCUUGCGGAGGCCCACCGCAAGGGCAAUCACUUGUCGUCACGAAGAAGAGGCGCAACGAAUUGCUGA